UCCCUCUUGUAUCCUGUAUGCUACCUGUAAACACCUCCUUACUUCCUGGAAACACCCUCCUGACUUCACACAUCUUUCACCUGGAGACCAGAGCUCAACAUCAGCAGAGAUCUGAGUGUUGCAGACACCAGCUCAGAUAAACAUGGACUCUUCUGUGAAGGCUCAGAGGACGAGGGUACCUGAAAGACCAGCAGCUGCACCUGAUGGAGGCUACGCCUGGUUCGUCCUGCUUGCCUGCUUCCUGGUCUAUGGGUUGACGUUUGGGGUCAUUAAGGCCUUCGGUGUUUUCUAUGUUGAGAUACACCAACAUUUUGAAACCACGGCUACAGGAACAUCUUGGAUAACAUCGAUUGCUGUGGCUACCUUUCACACUAUGGCUCCUGUAGCAUCUGCUCUGAGUACUCAUUACAGCCAUCGCUCUGUGGUGAUAAUGGGAGGACUGAUAAGCAGCUUGGGAGUGAUGUUUGGGUCUUUUUCUCGUAAUGUGAUUGAACUCUACUUAACAGUGGGGUUCCUAAAUGGUUUGGGCUAUGCAUUGACAUGGACCCCCACAGUGACCAUGCUGGGCUUGUACUUUGAGAAGAGGCGUCCAUUUGCAAACGCCCUGGCUAGCGCUGGCGAGUGCAUCCUAACCUUUCUCCUCACACCCAUGUGUCAGCUGUUGAUUGACAGUUACUCCUGGAGGGGUGCUUUGUUAAUCCUGGGUGCACUACAGCUUAACCUGUGUGUGUGUGGGGUGCUGCUGAGACCCAUUAAAGCCACCACAGAUUUGAUGUGUGAGGUCAAAGCAGAGGAGGAGAGCCUGUCCCUGCAAUUGCUACCAAAAGAGGACAAUGAGGGGCCUCUAGGGAGCAGAAGCUCUGUUAACCACAAGACAACUGAGGCCUGUCUCCAGGACUCUAAGGGGAUACCUAAUAAGACCACGACAGACUCGAACAACAGUACGAGUAAGAGAGCUGAACUCAGGACCAAGAUCCUUCGCUAUGUGGAUUACACCCUCAUCACAAAUCCUCAAUUUAUGGUCUACUCGAUGUUUGGGUUGUUUGCUGCCCUGGGUUUCUUUGCGCCUGCUCUCUUCCUGGUUCCGUAUGCUCGUAGUAAAGGGAUUGAAGAAUACCGGGCGGCUGCACUCAUGUCCAUCUCUGCAGCGUUGGACCUGUUUGGACGGGUGUCCUUUGGCUGGGUGGCAAACCUGAGACUGGUCGAGACAGUGCAGCAGCUGACAGCCACAGUGAUCCUUCUGGGUACCGUGCUCCUCCUCUGUCCCCUGGCUUCCUCAUUCCCCGAGCUGGCCGGUUUCAGCGCAGCGUACGGUCUGGUGUACGGUGCUACGGUCGCCAUCCACAUCACCGUGCUGGCUGAGGUCGUGGGCGUCCACAGGCUGGGAAGUGCUCUGGGGUUCUUCAUGCUCAUACGCAGCAGCGGAGGCCUGCUUGGACCACCCAUCGCUGGAUUUUUCAUAGACAAGAUGAGUGACUACGGGAUGGGGUUCAUCAUGGCAGGAGUGGCUCUCAUCGUCUCCGCUCUGUUCCUGCUCCUCCUGCAUCAGAUGAACCGCAGGGGUCAGAGGUCAACCACCAAGACCAACAGCACGUCAGGAGCUGAAGCCAAAGAGCUGGACAUCACAUGAAUGAGUGAAAAGAAUGAACCGCUGAGUGUUUGUCUGUGAUCGUGUGGAUAGUUUGGAGUUCGGAGUCCGCUUCCCGAUCUCUUAUGAUGACCAGAGGAAGAGUCUGCCAGUAGGAACAAAAGUCAACGUUUGAAGCUCAUCCAUCAUCUUUAUCAUCAAUGGGAAGCAGUGAACAGAAAAAAAUCUUUCAAAUCAAACCUCAAGUGUUUUCAGAAAUAUACGACUGUACAAAAGAAUACUAGAGUGAUGGCUUGAGCAGGCAAGUGUGUGUCUGUUUAUUCACCUGAAUAUAAGUAAUAUGAUCAGUUCUUGUAGGUGCAUUUUUUGUCCAUUGGCUAUUUUUAUUAGUCAACAAAAAUAUAUUUAG